GAUGCGCACAUACCGCGAUAGCAGCUUGCAUACAGUACCUGUCUGCGAUGACGUCACCGUGAUGAUGCAACACUCACGUACACAUGUGCGUGUGGUAUCCUUAUUCCGUAACCGUAUUCUUAACCCGUGUAGUGUAUUCGAUUGCGUGCAAGCGGUACGACGUAUGUUUUCGACCGCUCUGAAGGUGUGAACGUUUCAAGUUAACAUCGAAGACGUCUCGACCGGUAGGAACGUGGCCCUGUACGAACACUACUCGACCCGAACUUGAAAUGCCCAGCCAAAAAAUGGAGACCGACAGUGUCGCGACGUCCGCGGUAACGUAUUUAAAACGGGAGGAGCUGCUUCCCGAUUGCACCGCCGUCCGGAUGGUUCCCGGGACGACUCCCAUGUUCGGCGGCCCGUAUCUAAGCUCCGGCAUCACGAUGCUGCCAUUCCGUCUCCCCGAAUGCCGCAUCCAACCGUCGGCGUGCACGAUGAAGAGGGCGCCACACGGCGCGGCGGACAGCGACGACGAUGAGCAGUACCGGCUGAAGAGGAAUCGGAACAACGAGGCGGCGCGCAAGUCGCGCGUGAAGAAGCGAAUCCACACGGAGUACGUCGAGUAUCUGGUGAAGCAGCUGUCGAGCGAAAACUCACAGCUGAGAUCGAGAAUCGUCGAGCUCGAGGGAACCGUGACGCGGCUAGCCAGCGAGCACCAGACAGCUAACGAGCGACAGACAAUUAACAAGAGACGGACAGCUAACGAGCGACAGACAGCCAGCGAGCGACAGGAAAUUAACAAGCAACAGACAUUUAACGAUCGCCAGACAGCUAACGAGCGACAGACAGCUAACGUAUUGGGUCUUUAG